UGUCUCUCUGUGUGUGUGCAGGAGCUGGGUGUGGGGAACAUCGACCGCUGCAGAGGCUUCUCCUCUCACCUCUUCAAGCUGCUCCUCCAGCAGAGGCAGCGCCUGGCCGGGCUGACGGCGCAGUGGCUCCACCUCAGGAGGCUGACAGACAGUGUUCAGGGCCUUAAGGCCGACCUGCAGGGCCACAGUGAGGCCCCCGGCUGCACCCUGCCCCCCCAGGCCUCCCUCAGAGAGUGGGUGGGCCGGGGCCAGGCGCUGGCCGCUCAGUGCUCCACCCUCCUGCAGCAGCUGGCCUGGCUGCUGGAGUGCUGCCCCGAGGACCUCCAGCAGAAGGAGGAGGGGGGGGGCGGUAGGCAGCUCACCCUGAGGUGCCCCUCCCCACUGGCCACUCAGCGCCAACCCCCCGGCUGUCUGCUGCGGAGAGGAGACCCCGCCUGGAACCAGCUGAACCAGAGCAUGAACCUGAUGCUGAAGCAGACUCAGGACCUGAAGGUGGAGCUGGACGGGGUCGCUCAGCAGACCUCUGAGAGACAGCUGCACUCACGGUAACACAC